AUUUGAAGGUGAAGUCGCCUUGUAAAUUGCGGAGUCCAUCCCUCAUUUCCAUAUGAGUGUGCCCACGGCGCUCUGCCAAUCCAAAGUAUCAUUCACUGUCAUAAUGAUACAUUCACAUAAUAGCAGAUCAUCUCCGUUAUUUUGCAGCUUGACUUUUUGAGAUUUUUUUUUCAGCGGAUCUCUGCUUAUGUUCAUGAAUGAGGUAGAUCUUGCAGAAGAAAUGUCCCGUCGGAAGCAAGCAAAACCACAGCAGCUGAGAACGGACGAGGACCUUUCACUUCUGGAGCUGCACUCUGAAAACGUCUCAGGUGAAGGACUGGAUGAUUCAGACAGUGGAAAUGAGAGCCGCAGUGGGAGUGAAGAGACCUAUGUGUGUGAAAAGUGUUGUGCUGAGUUAUUUAAGUGGUCUGAUUUCUGUGAACAUCUGAAGACCUGUACCAAGAAUCCAGUUGUGUUAAUUAUCAGCGACAAUGAAGUGACUUCAGAUCAAGCACAGGACUACCUACCUGAGCCAUCACCCAUGCCCAGCUGCAGCAGUGAUCCGGCAGACAGUGAAGGUGUAGUAGAGGAAAGCCACAUGCCCACUGAAGGUGUUGAAGGAGCAGAGAUGAUGCUGGACCCGGGUGCUGUCCUGGAGAAAGAAUAUGAGCCCAUGGAGGUGGAACUGUCUCCUGAGAAACCCAUAAAUUCUGAAAAUCAAGUUACACUGUCAGAGCCAGACAUAAGCCUACUUCAACUUGAAGAUCUUAAGCAGUCUUCUGGGGCAGGAUAUACUAUACCCAGCACUAAUGUCACACUUGAAACACUGCAUGGAACCCGUGUGGCUGUGGCUCAGUUUUCUCAGGGUGCCCGGGGAGCACUAGCUGGUGAAGUCUCAACUAUGGCCAUUCCUAUGAUCCUUGACCAACUCAUGGCCUUGCAGCAACAACAGCUCCACCAGCUUCAAUUGAUAGAGCAGAUUCAGAGCCAGGUGGUGCUAAUAAACAAACAGGCCUCCACACAGACAUCUGUCAACCUUAAAGCAGACCACAGCAUGAAUGCAACCUUAGAAGUAACCUCAUCUUCCAACAUACCCACAAUGCCUGGGCAGCUUCAUCUACAUGGCUUCACUACACCCCCUGUGCAUCAGCUUCCAAUCAAAGGGCCCUCUGAUUUCAAUGGACAGGUCUCAGCCUCAUUAUCUUCAGCUCUGGAGGUAGCCUGUGUUAGUGUUCCUCAGACAGUUGACCAGCUGGCCAGUUCUGGGAUGAAAAACAAUAUCACAAUUAAUACCUUAUAUCCAACAACCAGUAAUGUGGUUCCUUCUCAAAUGCCACCAUGCUCAGCAUCGAUUGUCAGCAGUAGCUGCACCAGUAGUAUUACGGGAACUGGGGGUGAAAUAAGUUGUGGUAUUUCUCUUCCAAAAAACACACCUAGUCCUCUAACACUGAGUAAUGGAAGAUUGCUAACAUCCCCCUCCAGCCUUCCUUUCAUACCUCACAGCUCAUCCAGCAGUGUUAUCUUCCCUAAUCCUCUAGCCAGUAUUGCAGCCACAACAAAUGCUCUUGAUCCUCUUUCCGCCCUAAUGAAGCACCGCAAAGGAAAGCCCCCAGAUGUCUCUGUGUUUGACACCAAACCAAGCUCAGAAGAUCCCUUCUUCAAACACAAGUGCAGAUUUUGUGCCAAGGUGUUUGGAAGUGACAGUGCCCUGCAAAUUCAUCUUCGCUCCCAUACUGGUGAAAGGCCUUUCAAAUGCAACAUUUGUGGUAAUCGCUUCUCCACAAAGGGUAACCUGAAGGUUCAUUUUCAGAGACACAAAGAAAAGUAUCCUCAGAUUGAAAUGAACCCCUAUCCAGUUCCUGAGUAUCUGGAUAAUGUUCCAACUAGCUCAGGUAUACCUUAUGGCAUGUCAUUGCCCCCAGAAAAACCUGUUACCACAUGGCUGGACAGCAAACCUGCUUUGUCUACAAUCCCAACAUCAACAGCACUGCAACUCCCUCCAACAAUUCCCAGUAUUAUAGGAAGCUAUGGGGAUUCAAGUAGUUUUACCCCUUUAAGUAGGUCACCUCAAAUGCCAUCUCCACCAUCAAGUGAGUGUACAUCUAUGUCUCCUAAUCACCUCAUUGCUGAGGCUAGUAUUGCACAAAUUUCCAGUUCACCACAGCCUAGUGUGGCAAGUGACACACCUCCAGUUCUAAAAUCUGAAGCCUUUCAUCUACCACCCACCUCCACCACCAGGCCUGGAGAAACCAGCAUAUUGACUACUUCCAUACACCAAAUUAUUUCUACAGUUACAACCACAACUAGCACCAGAACACAGAUCAUAUAUUCAGCAAAUAGUCCCUCUGCUGUCUCUUCCCCAUCCCUUCAAAUGGUUUCCAGUCAGUUUAAGCCCAAAUUUCCUUUUGGUGGCCUCCUGGACUCUAUGCAGACAUCAGAGACCUCAAAGCUACAGCAGUUGGUGGAAAAUAUUGAUAAAAAGAUGGCAGAUCCCAACCAAUGUGUCAUCUGUCAUCGUGUGCUUAGUUGUCAGAGUGCUCUGAAGAUGCAUUAUCGCAUCCAUACAGGAGAAAGACCCUUUAAAUGUAAAAUAUGUGGCCGUGCUUUCACAACCAAGGGUAAUUUGAAAACACACUUUGGAGUUCACAGAUCAAAGCCCCCUCUCCGGGUACAACACUCUUGUCCCAUAUGCCAAAAAAAGUUUACUAAUGCAGUAGUUCUGCAGCAACACAUCCGUAUGCAUAUGGGUGGACAGAUUCCUAACACACCCCAGCCUGACAGUGUUCAGGACUUGGACACAAAUCUGUCGUUUGAUGAAAAGAGCUUAGCUAUCAUUAACAACUAUGAUGACGAGCUAACUGAUGAGAUGGGCCAAGCAAUAGAAGAUGAAACGGGUAUUAAAGAAGGCAAUGUGGACCCACCCAAAAAACAUUUAUACACAGAGAUGUCUCCAAGCACUUCACCCCCAACUUCUCUUAUAUCUAGCAUGGUUGCUUUGGAGAAUGAAAUGAGGUUUUCUGACACGACAGUUAAAACAACCAAUGCCUUCAACGUGAAGCCUCCAGAAAAUGUGAAUGGAAUUGAUGGGGAAAAUGAAGACAUGUUUAAAAAUGAGUCAUCUUCCACUGUAGGAGACUUGGAGAACCACAGUGUUGGGAGUCCAGCACAGUCUGAAUCAUCUGGCUCUAUCCAGGCUCUGUCUCCUACUUUCAGUCAAUCUGAGAGUCAUCGCUCCAAGUCCCCUACUCAGUCAAAUAACAGCAAGGAGGAUGCUUUGAAUCUUUCUUCAGUGAAUGCAACAGUGAAGUCUGAACAGUCAGAUACCCCUUCUCCUGGAUCAGAAAACACAGGUGCAUUAGAUCUUACUGCCACACAGCACACUAGGUCAUUUGUCAAAGACGAGAAUCACUUCAGUCUGCUGUUCCUGGGAAAAGGCAAAGGUUUAAACAGUCCCAGUACUAUAAGCUCAGAACCAAGCACAGUCAAAUUUGAGAAUGGACACAAUAAAUCACCGGCCGUGUGUGAGGGGCCCCACUUGCCAGCUGGCCCCCAGAUACCUACCACAACCCCUCAGACAACAAUAAGCCCCAACCUUACAUCAAAGCUGGCACCACCUCCACCUCGGCGGACCCCCAAACAACAUAACUGCACCUCUUGUGGAAAGAAUUUUUCAUCAGCCAGUGCUCUUCAGAUCCAUGAGCGCACUCAUACAGGAGAAAAACCAUUUGGUUGUACCAUCUGUGGCAGAGCCUUCACCACAAAGGGAAAUCUGAAGGUCCACAUGGGAACCCACAUGUGGAAUAAUGCCCCAGCCCGGCGAGGAAGACGACUGUCAGUGGACAAUCCGAUGGCUCUCCUAGGGGGAGAUACCAUUAAAUUCAAUGAAAUCUUUCAGAAGGAUCUUGCAGCACGAGCAAUCAACAUAGACCCAGGCUUUUGGAAUCAGUAUGCUGUAGCCAUUACCAAUGGACUAGCAAUGAAAAACAAUGAAAUCUCUGUCAUUCAGAAUGGAGGAGUUCCAUCCAUUCCCAUUAGUCUAAGUGGUGGUGGCAUUCCUGCUGUAGGAGGAAUGUCAGGAGGGAUGGAGAGGUCUUGCACCGGGAGCGGCCCUCCACUGACUGAACUUGAGAAGACUAACCUGGAAAUGAGAACUGGACAUCCCUUCUCCAGAUUCAGGGAAGAGGACAAUGAAAUCAGGAUUAAAUGAUGAUGUACAGUUAGAAAAAGAUACAGAAAAAGGGUUAAUGAAUUAAUGAAAAAAAAAAACAGAAAGAGUAAUACUUAAUCCAGGUUUAAUUAUGUUAUUAUAUUGUACAAAUUAAGUCUGAUAUGCUGUUUAGAUUUGGAACUCUUGUAUUUAGUGUUCUUCAAUCCUACUAUACAUUCAGUAAAAACAUUUGUCUUGACAGGUUUGCAUGGUGCUUACUGGUCAGUAUGUUUCUUUCGUCAGUGGUAUUACCCUCUGAACUAUACAUGUUUCAGCUGACAUGGGCAAAAAAAAAAAAAAAAAAAAAAGAAAAGAAAAGAAUCAGAAGAUCUAUUUCUUUGUGGACAGAUAAUAGUUGCUUGUGGUACAUGAAGAAACAUGAAAUUGUAAAUCUUAGCUUUUUCAUUUUCUAGAUGCCUGACCAAAAGUUGUAACUAUUUUAAUUUUUACAUUAAUUC